AUGAUAAAUUUAAUUAAAUCAAUCUUCUAAAAAAAGUCUUAGCAAUAGAUUGAAUAACCAUUAUAGCAAUAACUUGAUCCAUAUAAACACUUCAAUUACAAGACUAUCAAUAAAAAUACUAUCAAGUUAAAAUCAGACUGUUCAGCUAUUGCAAUAAAUAAAGAAAAUUCUUUGUUGUUAGUUAGCCAUGAAUCCAAAAUUAAAGUGUAUAUGUUAAAGAAUGAUUCCUUAAAAUAAGUUUAACUAAUCACAAAUCAUCACAAAAGAGUGACAGCACUCAAGUUCUUUAAUAAAUACUCAUUAUCUUAUUUGUCUUCAUCAAAGGAUUCUAACAUCAUAAUUAGUUCAAGCUAUUUAUGUGCUAAUCCAAAAUAUAUUCAAAAAUUAUCAGGUAAUUCACAAGGAAUCAUCAGUUUAGCAUUAAAUAUAUAAGAGGAUCUCAUAGUUUCAGGUAGUUUUGAUUAAAUGAUAAGAUUUUGGAGUAGGGAUACUUAAUCCACUAUUUCAAAUUGGAAAUGUUCAUAAACAAUAUAAGAUCAUAGUUGUUAUGUUGAAGGAUUGUCAAUCAAUGAUGAAUCUAACACUGUUGUCUCUUGUGGUUUCGAUUCUCGCAUUUUAAUUAUUUAGCGUAAGAAUUUAUCAUCUAAAUGGUUAAUAACUUAAAAGAUUCAAGUUCACACUUUUUGUCAUUAAAUAAUUUUCAUCAACAAUAAUACAUUUGCUUUUCAAGAUAUUGGUUUAACAAAAUUAUUGAUUUACUAAAAUAUUAAUGAUAAGAAUUAAUCACCUAAUUAUAUCAAGUCUAAGGAACUAGUCUUAUAAGGUAAUCAUAAUGGGAAUAAAAGUUAUUUCUAAUCAAUUUAUAAUCAUAGUAAAUAAGUACUUAUCUGUAAAAAUGGAAACACAAUAAAUUUUAUAAGAGUAAUAAAGAAGAGUACCAACUAAAAGAGAGAUAACCUUAUAUUUAGAUUAGAACAAGCGAUUGAUUAUGGAUAGUUAUUCUUUGGACUUUUAGUUGGAACUUUAAGUGAGGAUGGAUAAUAUUUCAUCACUUGGGAUGAAUUAUCUUAGGAAAUUUAAUUAAAAAAAUAUUAGGAACUAUGA